AAACUACCGGAGGCUGAGACGAAUGGAGGCUAACCUGACCUAACAGUUAAGCAAAUGGCCCUUCACAUAGCUAAUAUUUAAAGUCUUUGAUCAGUUAAUGGGACAGAAUGCUUCAGAAUGAACGUCUGGCAUGAAAACAUUGUUCGAGGCGAGAGAAAAGGUAUAAAAUGAGAGCUCAAAGGGCGAAGGGAAGCUACCGGCAUGAUGCAGCCAUAGCAUCAGCUGAUGAAGCAUCUGACUGAACGCUGCUGAGAAUGCUGUGGAAGAAGUGAAACAGUACCUGAACUGGUCUAAAGGGAAUGGAGCUUCCAGUCACUAACCCUGCUGACCCUGGCUAUGGGCAGCAGCAUCAACACCAGCAGCCAUGGCCAGACUACAGGAGUUGGGCCCCCGUCCUACCUCCAACUGGCUCUUCUCCUGGGACGUCCAGCAGUUUUCCUCCGUCCUGUCAACCCUUCCAUUCGACCGCUGCACCUCAAAGGAGACCGACUGACAUGGGUCCUAUGUGGCAGUUACCUUCAGUGCCAGGCGGUGCAGUGGGUUCUGGCUUUACUCAACAGGCACCCUGCUGGUUCCCCUCACCGCCACACUGUAAUGGUGUAUUGAAACCUGUCCCUGAUGUCAGCAGUCCGACACAGAUGGCACCGCAGGGAAUAAAUUCACAGCCAACUAGUCCUGUGUCCAGCCCUAAAUCAGAGUCUCGCUAUGGAAUGGACCCUCAGUUACUCCCAAGUGUUGUGCAGGUGCUAAAUGAGGACAGGGCUCAAUGGGAGGGAAAAGUGUUUACCUCAGAAUCUCAGUCCUCUGUCCCGCCUCUCUCUACCACUUCCUGCACUCUAGAGGACAGAGGUAAUGCCACUGCUCGCUUUGUCCGCUCCACAUCCUACAGCUUCCCUGUUGAAGCCCAAUCAGCGCAGCAGAGCCACUUACCUCUAGCAGCAAUCUUCUGCCCUCUGGCCAAACCUGAGAAUCAAGAGCGGGCGGUGCCGGUGUGUGAGGCUGGGGAAUGUGUAAAAGGCUGUGUGGAGUGUGGUGCCUUCAUGAGCCCUGCCAUGAGCUGGCAGGACUGCGGCCAGCGCUUCUUCUGCCCAUUCUGCAGCAAACUCACGGAAGUGCCAUGGCAGUCAUAUCAGCCUACAAACAAGGGCAAGCGAAUUGACCAGGAGAAGAGACCGGAGCUCAGUUUGGGUUCUUAUGAGAUACUGGAAACCCAGAAGGGUGAGCCUGCUGUAUUGCUUUUGGCCAUAGAUGUUACCGCCAUUGCAAUAAGAUCAGGACAACUGGACUUCAUCUGUCAGCAGCUUUGUUCCUUACUGCUGUCUCUAGAUGGGGAGGAAGAUACUGACCAGUCAGAUCUCAGGGUUGGUUUGAUGACCUAUGACAGUAGGGUUCACCUCUAUGAUCUCAGCCCAAUUUUGUCCCGUCCCCACAUGAUGGUCAUCACAGAUACAGAACAGCUCGAGCUUCCUGUGAGGGAGGGACUUCUAGUGCCACUCAAAGACUGCAGACAUAUUGUGGAGAGUAUUUUACAUCAACUCCCUCUGUUUGAUGCUGAAACUCAGGAUAGCUCAGGCUCACAAGAUCUUCCUGUUCCAGCUGCACUCAAGAUCUUACAGGCUGCGGAUUGUCCUGGGAGGCUUCUGGUCUUCCACUCUUCACCACUUACAGAAAGCUUAGAUAAGCAAGGUUCCACAGGCUUCUUCACCUCCAGUAAACCAAAGUCCAUCUUUCAAGCUCCAGACUCUUCCACCUUAUUGGCCAAGGCAUGCAUCAGUCAAGGCUGCAGCAUGCAGCUAUUUAUGUUUUCGCAGCAGGAUGUGGGCGGGGCUUGGCCUGGGCACAUCCCCUUUCUGACAGGCGGCAAGCUUAUCUGCUACAACAGUCUACAGUCAGAAGUGGAGCGAGAGCGUUUCUAUGGAGACCUGAGGAGAAGUGUGAACACUGAGAUGGCAUACAAAGCUCAGCUGAGAGUUUUUGUUAGCAAAGAAUUAUGUGUGUCUGGUUGCUAUGGUGCCUUUCUCGCAAGCCCCAACUCCCGCUGUGUUGCCAUGGCAGCGCUUGAUUGGCGCACAGCCCUGGCAUUUGAGUUCACUCAUAGCAAGUCGCUGGAUGAAACGAGGGGUGUGGCCAUACAGGCAGUUCUUUCUUACAGUACCUCUAGAGGAGAGAAGAGGACACGGGUGCACACUGUUACUUUGGCUGCCUCCCAGAACCUGCUGGACACAUUCCGAACCAGCCAGGCCGAGACGCUGCUCACUUUCUACUGCAAAAAGAUGUAUUGCUCAGCGUUGGAGACUCCUCUGCAGUGUCUUCGUGAGGAGCUUCAGAUGGAGAUAACUGAGGCUUUAGCCUGCUACAGAAAACAUUGCUGCACUACCUCCAUCUCCCCCGGACAGCUGGUGUUGCCUCAGUUUCUAAAAGCGCUGCCGGUCUACAUUAACAGUCUGCGGAAGAGUGAAGUACUGCUGCCCGGCCUGCGCAGCUCCGUGCAUCAGCGCCUGCAGCUGCGCAGCCUGACCGUCUCCAUGGAUACACGCAACACUGCUGCUCAGUUCUACCCACUCAUUCUGUCUCUGCCUGUGAACUCUGAGGGAUGCAGUGUGUCCAGCAUGGAGCUGGCAGUGCGCUGUUCUGCCUCCAGUCUGCAGUCUGAGUCUCUCUACCUGCUCUACUGUCCCCUCACUCUGCUGCUGUGGGUAGGCAGCAGUGUUCCUCCUGAGGCCUUAACACAGCUCUUCAGCACCUCCUGCUUCUCAUCACUCAUGUCUGGAGAGAUAAAUCCUCCUGUGCUGGAUAACCCUCUCUCUGUCACUCUUCGAAAUCUCAUCAGCACUCUACAGUCUUAUGCAGACAUUACCCUUAAGCUGAAGGUCGUGAAGGAAGGUGACAGUUGUGAGGAGUAUCUACAGCGCCUCCUAGUGGAGGAUAAGAGUCCUAAUGGCGGGGCUUCAUAUGCCGACUUUCUGUUCCAUCUUCAUGUCAACUCUCUGCGCCGUGUUGCAGGAUGCUGACGUAUUUCUCUGCUUACAUCUGGCUCAACACUGUCUUCAGUCAGGGCCGAGAUCCUAAUUGCAUUAUUGUUCUUUAUUUAUCCCCUUCAAUAAGAACCUGUUCAGGGUAAGGAUAGAAUAGGAGGAAGCAACAUGAUGGUAAUCAAGGAUUUAAGAGAAGGAAAAGACUGCUGGGAUUGGACUGAGGAGUGUGUAAAAUGUAUGAAAGUUGGUCUCUACAGUUCCUUGUUUUUAGCAGCCUGCAUAUGUUUCUGGAGAAGAGAUAAAUUUAACAUUUCAAUCAUGAAUUUUGCACUCGGUGCAUUACUGGGAGUGGUAAAUUACAACUUGCAUGUUAAAAUUUUAAGCAAUAAGAUAUUUAUUGAGUUUCUUGCUCAUUGCAUCAAUGUUUGCGUAAUCGGUGUAUCAGUAAAGUUUGAGUGUUUAUUUAUUAUUUAUUUUUGUAUUUGACUGCAGGUCUCUGGAGUGUGGAAGUGUUAAAAUAAACAGAAGUGUGACAGAA